AUGCUCGUCCGCGCCGCCCGCCGAAAAGCCCGACCCGAAGCUCUUCGAAGUCGAUUAUCCUUCGAACAAUUACAUAUUCCAUCCAAUUCAGUCCAAAGAGAUAGGCGGAGGUGGGUCUCUAUUGAGGCUACACCACGAGCGUUUGGGUUGAGGAAGAGGAGCAAUUCGAAAGAUGCCUCCAGUCUACCUCCUCGACGGGCCAUGGCCACAGCGAUUACCUACACUGGGUUCGAGGAUAUUCCAUUCGAGAACAUUGGCGAUUUGCCGCCAUCGUCACGGCGGCGAAUGGAAGAAUCGAGCGUCAUGCCAGGGUCUCUCUCGCACGCCCCCCAACGAUAUAGAUCCGGGAGAAAGAUCGGAAUUGGGGGAGACUUCACCGAGAUCCAAUCAGUCUUCGAGGCUUGUCUGCAAAUAGGCAGGAUAGAGCGCGCUGGCAUUAUUCUCAAGCGAAUAGCGGGCAUUCAGCAGAUGUAUCCGGAAGAUCUGCUUGCUCUACACAAUCGAUACCUCCGGGCCGCGGUUGAACAGAUAAUGACCAAUCCAACCCAAUCUGCGACACAGAGCCUCCACAAAUGGUUCGAACUCGAAAUAAGACUAAAGGGUAUUCCUGCGAAUACGGAAACGGUUGCUUAUAUGGUGAAGGCGUCACUUCAGUCACCCAAUGGAAAACGUGAACGACUCGUCCGACGAUACAUGGAUAUGCUAGAGGAAGAUGCGGCUUUGCAGUUGUUGGAAGCUGAUGUUUUGACGGCACAUGAGAUAAAUAACAUCACUCACAUCUACCCGAAAUACAAUUUUACCGAUGAAAUGAUGGAAGACCUGGAGAUGAUAGAGGAAAACGAACCCGUCAGCCCCGACCAACAGAGCACAGACGCAGCUAUACCUAAUGUUCGUCCAACGGACCAAAAAGGUCUGGGUCUGAAAUCCCUUAAGAAAUCACUCUCACUAUUUUCAAGACUACCGGACGAGGGUAUCGACAUUGCCAAUUCCAGCCCAGAGAUGAGGAGAGACAUCCAGGCUCGACUUGAAGAAGAUGCAGUUUCCUCUGCCAUUGAUAGAUGGAGGGAAGAGGCUGCACAUCUGUCGAAGAUGGGCCUGAACGCGACUUUGCAGACCAAGUCACUUGGGGCGAGGAUGUGGAAGUGGCAACUUGCACUGGAGGAGCACCUGAAAGCAGAGAUUGUUAAGGUCGAUGCCUCGGAAUUGGCGACGAGGAAAGACAGCAAGGACCAAGAACGGUGCAUGUAUGGGCCUUUCUUGCGCCUCCUUCCGGUUGAGAAGCUGGCUGCCAUCACAAUCCUCGCUUGUAUGGGUACCAUGAGUACACAGGGAGCAGAUAAGGGCGUCCCUCUCUCGUCUGCGAUCAUGUCUAUUGCCCUCAGCGUUGAAGAUGAGACCACCUUCGAGACAAUGCAACUGAACAACAGAAAGAAGAUGUGGCCUCGAUCCAAGAAGGAAACUGGAAAAGGCCAUUUUCUGACACCUGAGCUCGUCAAAAAGGCUACGAGAGGUCGAGGCCCAGGAUCCGCUUCUCGGUUCGCGCUUUCGUAUAUAUCAAAAAACGACUUUGCUUCAACGGGGACUGACAAGCCCCAAUGGCCCACAUCGGUGAAAGCCAAAGUUGGAGCUUUUCUGAUGUCAUCCCUCAUUGAAGUAGCCAAAGUUCCUGUGACUUUGACGCACCCGGAAACCCAAGAAUCGGUGACGCAAAUGCAGCCUGCCUUCUCGCACUCACACCAAUAUCGAAUGGGCAAGAAACUCGGCGUCAUCAUCGCAAACAAGGCACUGGUCGCCCAAUUGAAACGGGAGCCCGUCCACAGCCUUUUGGCGAAGCAUCUACCAAUGUUGGUGGAGCCAGAGCCAUGGACGCAGUUUAACAAAGGCGGCUUUAUAUCUCAUCCUGGAAAAGUUAUGCGGAUCAAGUCAGGUGACAAAGAUCAGCGACAUUACGCCGAGGCAGCCAUCGGCCAAGGAGGAAUGAUCCAAACAUUCAAAGGACUGGAUAUCCUCGGAAAGACCUCAUGGCGAAUCAAUCAAGAUGUUUUUGAUGUUAUGUUAGAGGCGUGGAAUUCUGGAGAAGGCAUAGCAAACAUUCCACCAGAAACGCCGGAUCUCCAAAUGCCUCCUGAACCUGAAACAACGACAGAUCCCCUGGAACGGCGACGUUGGAUAAGAGCUGUCAAGCUUGUCGAAAAUGCCAGAAGCGGAUUGCAUUCACAGAGAUGCUUUCAAAAUUUCCAACUUGAGAUAGCCCGAGCUUUGAGAAACGAGGUCUUCUUUUUUCCACACAAUAUAGAUUUCCGUGGUCGAGCCUAUCCCAUACCGCCAUACCUCAAUCAUAUGGGCGCUGAUCACUGUAGGGGACUUCUCAAGUUUGGCGAGGGCAAGGAACUUGGUGAGUCCGGCAUGAAAUGGCUGAGUAUCCACUUGGCGAACGUGUUCGGGUACGACAAAGCGAGUCUCACUGAGAGGGAGCAAUUUACUGCCAACCACAUGGCGGAUGUUUAUGAUUCUGCAUCGAAGCCACUGGUAGGUAAUAGGUGGUGGCUUAAAGCAGAGGAUCCAUGGCAAUGUCUUGCGGCUUGCAUCGAGAUCAGGAACGCCAUCGAGUCCGGAGACCCAACCAGUUUUGUUUCUCAUCUGCCAGUUCACCAAGACGGCACCUGCAAUGGUCUGCAACACUACGCUGCAUUGGGCGGUGAUACGUGGGGCGCGAGGCAGGUGAAUCUUGAGCCAGGAGACCGCCCAGCCGAUGUUUACACUGCUGUCGCGAACCUUGUAAAGGAGGGUAUCGCUCAAGACAAUGAGAAGGGGGACCCUUUUGCAAAGGUGCUUCUGGAUAAGAUUACCCGCAAGGUAGUGAAACAAACGGUCAUGACCAACGUUUAUGGCGUCACGUUUAUUGGCGCAAAGGCGCAGGUCAGAAAGCAACUCGUUGCAACUCACAACGAUCUCCCCAACACCGAUCAAAUGAACCCUGGUCACCUCUCCUCGUACAUUGCGACAAAGAUCUUCAAAGCGCUCUCCACCAUGUUCCGAGGAGCCCACGAUAUUCAAUACUGGCUUGGAGAGUGCGCCAACAGAAUAUCUAUGUCAUUGACUCAGGAACAACUGUCACGAUUAGAGGCUGAAUGGCCAAGGCUCACGUCCAAAGCUGCCUUGGUAAAGACCGAGAGGAAUUACACACCCGCAUCGGUCGAAGAUCUAGUCCAGUUCAAAUCCAGCGUCAUCUGGACAAAUCCGUUACAUAUGCCAGUCGUUCAGCCCUAUCGAAAUUCGAAAUCCAAAUGUGUCCACACUCAUAUGCAAAAGUUGAACCUGUCAGAACCGCACCGAUCGGAUCCUGUCAGCAGGCGAAAACAACUCCAAGGAUUUCCGCCAAAUUUCAUUCACUCGCUCGAUGCUACUCACAUGCUUCUUUCAGCCUUAAGUUGUGAUGAGCUUGGAUUAUCUUUUGCGGCAGUCCACGACUCCUUUUGGACGCAUGCCAAGGACGUCGAGACUAUGAACACUGUGCUUAGAGAUACUUUCAUUCGAAUCCACACGGAAGAUGUUGUUGCACGGCUAGCAGCGGAAUUCUCUGCUCGUUAUAAAAACGGCGUGUAUCUUGCUAAAAUUCGGACGAAAACCCCAUUGUAUGAGAAGAUCCUGGAAUGGCGAUCAUCCCGGUCCGGCCUUGGCAAAGUCCCGAAGUCGAGGCACGCUCCAAAGCUUGAUGAGCUCAUGUUGGAGUGCAAGAGAAUGAAGCUCCUUCGAUCUUCAGACCCAGAAGAGGUUGAGAAGGGGAGAAACAUGGUCACUCCAGCCAGCUUGUUCGAAGCACUGGCUUCAGAAGGAGAUCUAGCGUCUGGCGAGGAGGUUCACGCCUUGGGGCUUGGUGACAUUUCGCCACGUGAGGCUGGGCUGAGUGCGGAUCGGGAAAUAGCAGUUGGCGAUCCUGCCAACAUUGAAGAGAUCCACAACCCUCUCCCUGGCGGGAUGGGUGCCGACACCGACAUGAAUGCGGGUUCUCAAAACAUUCCAGAAGCACGCCAGGAUGUCGAUACGGACGAGACAUCCGACGAGCCCGAAGAGGGGCUGGGGGCCUUCGAGAAGAUGGUGAUGAGAACGGAUGUCAGGGGUGGAUCAUCUCCCGCUCAUAUCUGGCUUCCCUUGACGUUCCCUCCGGUGCCUAAAAAGGGAGAAUUUGACGUAUCCCGACUUAAAGACAGCACAUACUUCUUCUCGUAG